AUGCAAGGUGUGCUGGGGCUGUGUUUGUUAGUAGCCAUGGCAGGGGGGAUGAUGACGGUUGGAGCGACGAUGGGAGAAGAGAGCUUGCAGGGAAAGACGAUGAGAGGAGAUGGGAGGAUGCAGCCUUGUGCUGGGUUCGUGGGAUAUCUGCCAUGCAAGGUGGCAAGGUGCCAGGGUCAACGACGACGAUGUUGCCUGAUAGGAAGGAUAGACAAGAAUCAUAGGAGAGCGAGCUUGAGAUCUUCUCAGGUUAUGCUGAGAAUGACAGGGAGCGAUGAAUGGAUGUUCACGUCGGCCAAGGGCUACGAUGCUUCCAAGAAGAACGCUAUAGACAUACCUGUGCUGGUCAAAGUGUUCGGAGAAGAAAUCUUUCCGGGAGAGGAGAAGUGGAUCUCAGCCAGCAAACCCUCCGAUGAGCUUCUCCUGCGCGAAACUCUCGCCAAGAAUGCGAGCAUGGCAUACGUGUCCGGCGCAAACAGCAGAGAGCCGACGGGUGGCAACGUCGGCUUUCUGUCCGGGUCAACGGCCAUUCUGGUCAAAGUUGUGGCUGCAGAGGAGACGAGGAGUCUGGUGAGAGCGUUUGGUCGGCUGCAGCUCCUUGCUCUCGUACAUGACAAGCCGUACAUCGUGGCGUCGGCGGUUCCGAAACGAGAUGCUGUGAUGACGGCAAGGAGUGUUGAGAUCCUGAAGAGCUUGCAGGAGAAGAUGACCAAGCUGUACGAAGAGUACAAGCAGGUGCAGGCGGCGAUAGUGAAGAAAAGAUUCGAGAAGAAGAUGGAAGAGGUCAGGGAUAGCGCCUUCCUCGCGGAUAUUCCCUUCGACGAGCACAUGAAACUCGUCAACUCCACGGCCAGAGAACGUUCCACGGGCAGAAAAACUGCAGAGGGCAUUCUUCAAUCUGUUGAUCAAAGAAGCCUCGGGGAACAACUUGACGAGCUUCUUGCAAGAACGUUUGACAUGGACUCUAGAGAGAGAAAAGCUCUUUUGGAGGUGACUUGA